GACUGCAGAGUGUGUCUUUGGCAGCAGGCGGGAUCUGCUGAUCGUGCGCUGUCGGCCGGAGUCGGGCGGGCCGGUGUGCAGAGCAGCGUGGUCCGUCCUGAGCCUGACUGAGACCCGCGGGGGAAAAAGUUACUCUCGAGUUCGCGGACACACUGCCAACAUGUCUGGAGAUGAUGAGACGCAGGAGCAAACCAUCGCCGAUGACUUGGUGGUUACCAAGUACAAGAUGGGCGCCGAGAUUGCAAACCAAGCUCUGAAGGCUGUAGUAGAGGCAGCUAAAACUGGCGUCUCCGUGCUCAGCCUGUGCGAAAAGGGAGAUGCCUUCAUUGUGGCAGAAACUGGAAAGAUCUUCAAGAGGGAAAAGGAAAUGAAGAAAGGUAUCGCUUUUCCUACAUGCGUUUCUGUUAACAACUGCGUGUGCCAUUUCUCCCCUCUGAAGAGUGAUCCUGAAGUCAUACUGAAGGAUGGCGAUCUUGUCAAAAUUGAUCUCGGUGUGCACGUCGACGGCUUCAUCUCAAACGUGGCUCACAGCUUCAUUGUCGGCGUGACCAAGGACAACCCACUGACAGGACGUAAGGCGGACGUCAUUAAGGCAGCUCACCUCUGUGCUGAAGCCGCUCUCCGCCUCGUCAAGCCAGGAAACCAGAACACGCAGGUCACGGAAGCCUGGAACAAGAUUGCAAAGUCAUUCAAGUGCUCCCCCAUUGAGGGCAUGCUCUCUCAUCAGCUCAAACAGCACGUAAUCGAUGGGGAGAAAACGAUCAUCCAGAAUCCAUCGGACCAGCAAAAAAAGGACCACGAGAAGGCCGAGUUUGAGGUGCAUGAAGUAUACGCAGUGGAUGUGCUCGUCAGCACCGGAGAGGGAAAGGCAAAGGAUGGAGGUCAAAGGACCACAGUUUACAAACGAGACCCCAACAAGGUGUACGGCUUGAAGAUGAAGACGUCUCGGACAUUCUUCAGCGAGAUGGAGAGACGCUUCGAUACCAUGCCUUUCACUCUGAGAGCGUUUGAGGAUGAAGCAAAGGCCAGGUUGGGGGUGGUGGAGUGUGCCAAACAUGAGCUGGUGCAGCCCUUCACUGUACUGCAAGAGAAAGAGGGCGAGUUCGUUGCCCAGUUUAAGUUCACCGUGCUGCUCAUGGCCAACGGACCUCUGCGGAUCACCAACAGCCUCUUUGAGCCAGAACUCUACAAGUCUGAGCACGAGGUGGAGGACCCAGAGCUGAAGGCUUUACUUCAAAGCUCAGCCAGCCGUAAGACUCAGAAGAAGAAGAAAAAGAAGGCUUCAAAGACAGUGGAGAAUGCAACAGGACAGCCGAUGGAGACCGAGGCCGCAGAAUAAAUCGAUGCUCCAAUAAAUUGUGACAGACAUGAUCCAAAGAACAGACGUCACGAAUCCUUCUGUCCCAGCUGUGUGAGGCACUUGUGGGCAAACUGCUGCAAAUACCUCUGAGUCUAACUGAUGUCAGUUUGGGAUGAUGCUGCUCCUUAAAUCUGUCACUCCCACUAGAACACACUCUCUCAUACAAAACACACACUUAUAUCUAGUAAAUUUUACUGCCUUUGAGACAUCCUUAUUCUCUUAACAGUGGUCUGCUACCAGAGAGGAUAUUUUGGUCAAGGGCAUAUUCUCACUGGAAAAUGCCACCAUUUGACUGACCUUGAGCCUUCCAUUCAUUCUCCAACUGUAGUGAAAGAUGUGGAAAAUAAAAAGAGUUCGACCGAGCAGCCAAGGAUGGCGACUGCACAGCACUGCGUCAGUGUAAUUGUGUGACAUUAAGAUAUGAGGUCUUUGAAGUGAAGCCACGCCUCUGUCAUGAGUUUAACUUGUCGUGGGCAUAAAUGUGGACGUCUGUCCCGAUUCAUCACAUCAUCCCCCAUCGUUCAGUUUAAUUGCAGCAUUUAUACCGCUCUUGCUUGGUUUGUGCUCCACUGUACGCUCGUAAGCUUCUGCUAUAAGUUACUCCUAACAGUUUCUAAAGUCAACAUUUAGGACCUCCCACAUCUAACCAGUAAAAACAAAUUGAUUUCUUUUCCUCGGUUGUGGAUGGUCUUAACUCCUGCCAAGGGUUCACCACUGAGUCUGACAGUCUGUGUUUACAUAAGAAGUCCAUACCUGUUAAAUAUAUGGAUGCUUUUGUAAAACAAAUCCCACUUUUAGAGACUAUUUUUGGAAACAUUAAAAAACCACCUGACAUCAUU